CCGAUCUAUAUAAAAAUCAUCCUCGCUGCUCUGAUCCCAAUCGAGUGUGUCUGAUCCCGUUGCCUUCUCCGAUCUAGGGUUGGGUUGCUCGAUCAUGUACCGAGCUGUCGGAUCUCGCUUCAAUUCUCUCAAGCAACAAGCAGAUAGUGCCAGGAUUUUUGGUACUGUUAGAUAUGCAAGCAGUAGCAUUGCGCAAAGGUCUUCUGGAGGUUUCUUGAGUUGGCUAACUGGAGGAAAGUCCAGUCAGCUUCCUCCUUUAGACUUUCCACUCCCUGGUGUUACAGUUCCUCCACCACUGCCAGAUUUUGUGGAGCCUGGCAAGACACAGAUCACAACUCUUCCAAAUGGUGCAAAAAUUGCCUCCGAAACAUCACCUGGUCCAAUUGCUUCCAUAGGAUUGUAUGUUGACUGUGGUUCAGUAUAUGAAACACCAUCUUCAUUUGGGGCCACACAUUUGCUAGAACGAAUGGCAUUCAAGACCACAAGAAAUAGGAGCCAAUUGAGAUUGGUCCGAGAAGUAGAAGCCAUAGGUGGGAGUGUUGCAGCAUCAGGUACACGUGAACAGAUGAGUUACACUUACGAUGCUCUGAAAACAUAUGUGCCAGAGAUGGUUGAAGUGCUUAUUGACAGUGCCAAGAAUCCUGUUUUUCUUGAUUGGGAAGUUAGCGAACAGCUUAAGAAACUGAAGACAGAGCUAGGAGAACUCUCUAGCAAUCCUCAGGGCUUGCUUUUGGAGGCUGUUCACUCAGCAGGAUAUUCGGGCGGCUUGGCAAAUCCUUUAAUUGCUCCGGAGUCUGCAAUAGAUCGAUUAAAUGGAACAAUAUUGGAGGAGUUUAUCGCUGAGCACUAUACUGCUCCUAGGUUUGUACUUGCAGCCUCAGGUGUGGAACAUGAGGAAUUUGUAUCAAUUGCUGAACCACUUCUAUCAGAUCUUCCUAAAGUGCCUCGUCAAGAAGAGCCAAAAUCUGUCUAUAUAGGAGGAGAAUAUAGAUGCCAAUCAGUUUCACCAAAAACACAUAUUGCACUUGCAUUUGAGGUUCCUGGAGGUUGGUACAAAGAAAAGGAAGCAAUGGCAGUGACAGUACUUCAGAUGCUUUUGGGAGGUGGCGGUUCAUUCUCUGCUGGUGGACCAGGAAAGGGAAUGCAAUCUCGUUUAUAUAUCAAUGUCUUAAGUCAGUUCCCACAGUUGGAAUCAUUCUCAGCUUUCAACAGUAUAUACAAUCAUACGGGCCUCUUUGGAAUCCAAGCAACCAGUGGGCCCGAGUUUGUUUCUAAAGCUGUUGAUUUGGCAGCACGAGAACUGCUUGCGGCUUCAACUCCUGGUCAAGUUGAGCAGGCACAGCUUGACAGAGCUAAGGAGUCAACCAAGUCAGCAAUUCUGAUGAAUCUGGAAUCUAAAAAACUGGCAUCGGAAGAUAUUGGAAGACAGAUUCUCACAUAUGGUGAAAGGAAACCAGUUGAGCAUUUCCUAAAAGCCAUAGACCAACUUACUUUAAAAGAUAUUGCUUCUCUUGCUGAAAAGAUUAUUUCAUCACCACUUACACUGGCAUCAUGGGGAAAUGUCAUCCAUGUCCCCAGCUACGAGUCUGUUAGCAGAAAAUUCCAUGCAAAAUGAAGAUUUUGGAGUUAACUUUGUAUAUUUUUUCCCUCGACAUAUCUUAUCAUUAUUUGGUGUUUCUCAAUAAUUAUCAGAGGUGCUGCAAGCAAACAAGUAUGAUUGUCGGCCUCAAAUCUCAAAUUUAAUUUCAACAAAUAACUUGAGCAAUUGUAGUUGGAAUGCUCUUUUCUACAUCCAAUCCCUAGAUGGAAAAAAAUUAAGAUUUUUGUGGCAAUCCAAUAUUGGAUCCAGUUGGCUUAAUAGUAUCAAAUAAAUUUUAAGGUUGAAGCUAUCAGAAUCUAAAUCUGUUACAUGUAAUAGAAUGAAACUGGUUGAUGCUUCUAUUGUGUAUAUAUAUGUUUUGUUUUUAUUU